AUGGCCGAUCCAAAUCUCUACACGUAUGCGUCUCCUCUGAAAGGCUACGAAGGCCUCGAGCCAUUGCCCGAUGAAAGGGCUGAGGACGGGAAAUCCUACGUAAACCCACCAACCGAGAAGAAGAGCGAAGCAUACAAGUCCUUUGUAGCUCCUAUAACCAACGGAAUUCGAGGAGGCUUCGAGUAA